AGCCAUGUCGGCUCGAGCUGCCCGCCUGCCUCCAUGGCUCGCUCGGGCACGGCGCCGCGCGGGCGCCGCGCGGAGGGGCCCCGUGGGGCGGCUGGGCGCAGGGAGCGCGCCGCCGCGGUGCUGUGCGCCGCGGCGUGGGUCGCAGCGAGGUGGCCCGUUGAACCUGCGGCGUUCGUCUGCGGGCCCGCCGCCCCGCGGAGCAAGGCUGCUGUCGGCGUGCUGGCCCCGAGGUUGCCGGACACACCCAAGGCUGCGCAUGCUGUCGCGUUGCUGUGCAGCGGUUGCCUUCCAGCGGGCGCACAGGUUGGAGGCCACCGCAGUGGAAGACCAGAUCCACAUCCGCUGCGGCAGGCCGCGGACGGGCGCGCCUCCUUCGCGGCCGUCGCGGUGUCUGACCGCGUCGCCGUGUGGCAGCCGCUCGCGGGCUUCUCCGUCGCGGCGGUCGCCAUCGGCUUCGUGCUCUGGAGGUACCGGGCCGCCGGGGAGGCGCGCGACCGCCGCCUGGACAAGG